UUGAUAGGAAACAAACUUAUUCAUUGUGCUGUUAGUUUAAGACUAUUAGAGAAUUGUUAAACAUCUGAUACAAUGGUAUUUGUUUGCCAGUGCUGCAGGGAGGAAGGAUUGCCAUUCAGUUCAGGCGUUUGGAUGGUUUGUUGUGUAAAUUUUAGGGGCACAACAACACAAUGAACUCUGUGAUGGCCCCGGUGGCAAAUAACAACCGCCCCUUUAUACCAAGUACACAUUGCCUGACCCGGACCAAGUAACCAAUAGACUAAAUCGGGAUCCCGCGUUAAAAAAAGAAAAAAGAAGUUCAUCUAUUGGGUGGAUAAAUGAUAAUCGUGAGGUAAGAAUCUGUGAAUAAUUGUUUGGAGUCACCAGGGAUGAGAAUUUUAUUUGGGUUUACCUAAAAAGAUAAGAAAUUGCAGUAACAUUAUGACGCCUUGAGCCAGGUGAAAGGAGGAACAUUGAUCUACACCUCGUGGGAAAUCACGCUGAUUGAAAACGAAGAAGAGAUCUGACCAGGCGCUGGAGAUGCAAUGGAGUCUUUAGGAACAGCGAUGGUGACGACUCUUCGCAAAGCCACAGAUUCUGGGUCGUCUGGGUAUGGAUCCACUGAGAGGAUCUGUGAAAAAGAAGACAGCGAGCCAUUAAAGGACGCAGAGCCAGGGUUUCAAGCCCAGACAGAUAAUCAGCAUGGAAGCGUUCCCAUCGUGCGACUACCGUCUGCCGGUCCCAAGAAGAAAAGAAGGGGAACGGUUUGUUCUAUGAAGAGUGUCGCGCAGAUGAGCGUUGCAGCCAAGCGGUUAGCGAUUGUCGCCAAGCGAGCAUCAGUGUCUAAACAAAAAGUGGUCUUUGAGAAUACAUACCGAUUGGAACCAAACGGAAGUAUGAGAUUCAGGCAGGGAAAAGUGGAGGAAGCUCUCAGCGAACUUUUGGCAUCAAGCUUAAAGGAUGUCACGUACACAACUUACACGGCACGCAACUUGUCAGUGGACCUUUCCAAUCAGAUUAAAUGCAGAGUAAAGGACAUGGGCUUCAGACGACAUAAACUUGUCGUGGAUGUGUUCCUGGGCCAAAAUUGUGGCCAAGGGAUCGAGGUGGCCAGCAGAUGUGUUUGGGACCCAUCCGUGGACAACUUCGCUACCGCAUCUUAUCAAAAUGAGUCGAUAUUUGCAACCGCAUUGGUGUAUGGUUUCUAUUAUGAAUAACGGAGCAACAAUUGGUUGGUAGUCUUCGAUAAAGUUUUGGUGAAAUGACUUGCAUCAAAACCGUUUUCACUUUGGUCUGGUCUAGAAUUUAAUGAGCCAGAUAUUCUGACUAAAUAACUACAGUACAAACCAAAUCUACAAUCUCUUUAUUACGGAAAUAUAUUUAUUUUAUCGUGAAAUAUUGCUACCCAAAUUAAGAUUAUGCUUCAAUGUAAGAAUUUAUUUUCAUUUGCCUGUUUGUCUCUCAAUUUGUUUGACUGACCCGACAGACAUAUUUCUGGCUGUAUACAGCAAAUGUAAUGUAAAAUGUAAAUCAAAGCUUCUUUAGAUCACGAUUUAUUGAUCGACAAAAUGUUUACUUCUCAAUAAACCACAGGACUUUGA